AUGGGAAUACUUCAACUCAACUCACAUAAUUUAGCUUCUUUCUCAGCAUCCCAGAAUUUCAAGAACACACCCCACAGAACUUCUGAGGGCUUUAAUAAUCUCAGUUUUCCCCGAAGGAAAAUCCCAGCCGUUGAAACUGCACGCCAGAGUGAACCUGAGGCUGCAGUAUCAGAAGAAGAACAGACUGAGGCUGGAGUGAAUUUUGCAUUUGUUAGUUCUGUUUUGCUUCCAGAUGGAACGCCGGAUGUGCACUAUAGAACAGCCAGUGGUGGACAGAAACUUAGAGACAUAAUGUUGGACAACAACAUCGAAUUGUAUGGACCAUACGCUAGACCUCUGCUAAAUUGUGGGGGAGGAGGAACCUGUGGAACAUGCCUCGUCGAGGUUGUCGAAGGAAAGGAAAUAUUGACUCCUCGUACGGACAAAGAGAAGGAAAAAUUAAAAGGGAAUCCAAAGAAUUGGAGACUGGCUUGUCAAAUCACUGUUGGCAAUGAAGAUUCCAGAGGACUGGUUGUAAUCCAACAACUUCCUGAAUGGAAAGGGCAUGAUUGGGUUUAUGGAAAAGAACCACCAGAAGACGAAACUUCCACUAUUUGA